AUUUUGCAUGAUUGGUAUUUAAAUGGUCUAAUUCCAUAAUCAAACAUGAACUGCCGUCAACAAUUCGACGUCAUCGCGUGACGGAUCGUGUGUUGCACUGAGUCCAUCUUUCCUUCUAUAUGCCAACCGUGUUUAUUUUCGACCACAUCUUACGUAAUGUCCCCGUUCAAGGUUACAGUCUCGCUGCAUCCACGGGUGUCUGUAUCCGAUUUCCGGAUCUGGACGGGGUUCUUAAUCGUGCUGUUGUUGAGCUUCCGCGUGUUUCCAGUUUGCGAUUGCUAUCCCGAUAUCGAUAAUAUCACCAUGCCACCGCUUACCGGUUUGUUGGUGGACGAGCAAGUUCGAACAGCGCCUGCGCCCCCCGGAUCGCAUGUGGAGUUGGACACGCCGGUGCAAGUCGAUGUCGUGAAGUUGCCAAUAGUGUUUGUGAUGGGCGGUCCGGGUUCUGGAAAAGGCACGCAGUGUGCACUAAUUAAAGAGCGUUUCGGUUACACUCAUCUUUCUACCGGGGAUUUGCUGCGAGAUGAAGUGAAUUCGGGUUCGCCCAGAGGGGCGUGGCUCAACGGCAUUAUGCUGAAAGGAGAUCUUGUGCCUUUGGAUACCGUCCUUACUUUGCUGAAGGAAGCCAUUUUAAGAGAAGCACCAAAGUCGAAAGGUUACCUAAUCGAUGGCUUCCCAAGAGAAGUCGCUCAAGCUGUUGCAUUUGAGAAGCAAGUUGGUGUUUGUUCGAUGGUAAUCUAUUUUGAAGUCCCUUUUGAUAUAAUGACGGAGCGAUUAAUUGAGCGCGGGAAGACAUCCGGCCGUUUAGAUGACAACGUGGAUACCAUCCGGAAGCGCCUGCAGACCUUUGCUGAUCAGACAAUUCCUGUCGUAGAACACUAUAAGACUAUCAAUAAAACCUUCGUCCUCAACGCCAACCGUUCAAUCGAUGCGGUAUUCGAAGACGUGACGCAGACGUUGAAGCAUAUUAAAGUCUGAAUGGCUGCUCCCACACACACUGCCUUUAUUUACAACAAGAUUUUUAUUUAUUUAUUUUGUUUAAAGUUUAUUUAUGAUUUGGAGCCUUUGCAUGUGAUCUGAAUGUGAUUAGUUUGUUUUAAUGUUAAUUCAGAGCAUACUGCGGUGUAAACAGGAAACUGUACCCUGCGAUGAGUGUUUUUCGGACUGUUAUUCGGAGCCUGGCGAAUGUUUAAACUCUGACAAGUCUGGUGAAGGUGUGAUACUUGUACUGUACGAGUACUGGAUAUUCGAGCCCCGCGAAUAAAAGUUGCACAUGUG